UUCAGAUUAAACACAGUAACAUUUUCGGAUGACUCGAAUCUUAUCUGUGGUGGUUUUGAGAACAGUUCACUUCGCAUUUGGACUCUCACACCCAGGAAAUUACGUGCUCUGAAACCAGCGGUUGAAUUGGCCCGCAUUGAUAAAGAUGCAGGUAUGAAAAUGAAAUUUCUGAAUGGAAUUUGAUACCAUUGAAUGAAAUGAAUGGGUGUGAAAAAGGGCUUUCGCCUCCCAUCCCACUUCACCAAAACCCCACCCCCGAAAAAUUUUGUUUCUAUGAAAUAGCGUUUCCCACACUCACAUAUCACUUUGAGCGAAGAUAUAACGGUUUUAAAACAGGUUUUUAAUGGUGUGUUGAAGAGUAUACAACGGAUCAAGUACUUUCUUCUUUUUACAGAAUUCACCCCCCCCCCCAAUAAAACCCCCUGAAAUUUUUUUUGGGGGGGGAGCUCCCACCCAAGUCUCAAAACCUAAAAUACCCCUGCAAGAGUUUUGACUUAAUAUUUUUGAAUGUGUUUUUUAUUGCAGAAGAUGUUUUUGAACGUAUAUUAGAUGAUAAAACUGCAGCGGAAUCCAAGACAUUGAUUGGUCAUAGCGGUCCUGUUUAUGGCGCAAGUUUUAACUAUGACAACUCACUUCUACUCACCUCCUCUGAAGAUAAAACUGUCAGAUUAUGGAGUUUGUUCACGUAUACGAAUAUUGUGUGCUAUAAAGGCCAUAACUAUCCCGUGUGGGAUGUUCAGUUUAGGUACGUCGUUACAUUGUGACAACUAACUAUAGUUACAUUGGAUAACGCGACUGUCAUUUUUGAACUGUUCUAUCUAAGGGCCUUCUCUUAUCAGUCCAGUGUUACUACAGGAGGAGACCUAAACUAAACUAACUUUAUUUAUACUGGAUAGUUUUAUCAGUUCUAAACUAUUCUCUCUAGAGGUCCAUAAAGGGUUAUCUCUUAUUGAUCCAGUGUUACUACAGAAGGAAACCUAAACUAAACUAACUUUAUUUAUACUGGAUAGCUCUAUCAGUUCUAAACUGUUCUCCCUAGAGGUCCAGUGUGGAUCAUCUCUUAUUGAUCCAGUGUUACUACAGGAGGAAACCUAAACUAAACUAACUUUAUUUAUACUGGAUAGCUCUGUCAGUUCUAAACUAUUCUCACUAGAGGUCCAGUGUGGAUCAUCUCUUAUUGAUCCAGUGUUACUACAGGAGAAAACCUAAACUAAACUAACUUUAUUUAUACUGGAUAGCUCUGUCAGUUCUAAACUGUUCUCACUAGAGGUCCAGUGUGGAUCAUCUCUUAUUGAUCCAGUGUUACUACAGGAGGCGACCUAAACUAAACUAACUUUAUUAUGGAUAACUCUAUCAGUUCUAAACUGUUCUUCCUCCAAUAGAUCUUACGGAAUGGCUUGUGCAUGAGUCUUUCAGUUUAGGUCUCGCCCUGUAGUAACACUGGACUGAUAAGAGAUGAUCCUUACUGCACCUCUAGAGAAAACAGUUUAGAACUGAUAGAACUAUCCAGUAUAAAUAAAUUUAGUUUAGUUUAGGUCUCCUCCUGUAGUAACACUGGAUCAAUAAGAGAUGACUCUUACUGGACCUCUAAUAUGAAAAAUGUUUCAGGGUGAUUCUGUAAGUACAGUGUAACUAUGUGACAUGUUUAUUUGUAGUCCUAAAGGUCUUUACUUUGCAUCGUGUUCUCACGACCGCACAGCAAGAUUAUGGACUACAGAGAACCCUCAUCCACUACGAAUAUUUGCUGGACAUUUUUCUGAUGUAAAUGUAAGUGUCACGUGGUUUAAACAUCUGCUGUAUAGUUGUUUAACAGCAGAGUAUAUUCUUCUAACCCAAGCAAUAAAGCCAGCCAUAGCAGCAGUUGUAGUAAAUCUUUUUUCUUUGCACUAGACAUUACGGUUUCAUCCGAAUUGCAACUACGUUGCGACAGGAUCAUGUGACAGGACGGUUAGAUUAUGGGAUAUAACCUCUGGCCAGUGUGUUCGUGUGUUCACUGGACACAAAGUAAGGCUACUUUUAUCAUUAUGGUUUCCUAAACUCUUGCUAGUCUGGUCUUUUCCAUCUUAAAUCCUCCGGCUAUCAAUGUAAAAUUCUGACUAUACUGACUAUAUUUUUUGCACUUUAUAGUUCAAUCAGUUCUAAACUGUUCUCCCUAGAAUAAGUUCAGUAAACAUUGUUGCGGAAACAUUGUUUCCUGCCAAUGUUUCGCCAUGUUUCCCAGAGUGGGCAAACACUAGGGAACAUUAGUAAGAAACAUAGGGAAACAUAGGGAAGAACAUAUGAAGAAACACCGAUAAUCACAAAUAUUUCCACAACAAUGUUUCCUAGUUUGCCCAGGGCUUAAGAGUUUUUAGCGUAGUGUUACAACAGAAGACUACCAGCUCCUGUGGUGUUUUGUAGAGUCAAACUGGAAGCACUCUUCUAACAUGCGACUGAGGUGAAAUUAAAAUUAGGUACCCAGUCACAUAUUUGAAAGACACAUACACUGUUACAAUGUGCCAUCAAGACUCGACUGAAAAGCCUCUGUAACGGUUCAAUAUUUUCAAAAUUUAGGGCGCAGUUCAUUCCUUAGAUUUCACUCCAGAUGGGCGAUAUUUGGCUUCUGCAGGUACGCAUUCCCGUCUUUAUUUAUCGGUCGACGGAUUCGAGGAGCACGAGUUCUUUAACGUAGAUUAGCGCGGAGAACACAAGUUAUACAUGAAACCUCGUUGUCAUUCAUCGCAGGCGUGAACUCGCCAGCUUGUUGUAGUAAUAUAUCACUUGCGAGUUGGUUUCUUGGAUGAGUGAAAGAAGAGCCUUAACAUUUUCUUUGUCGUCCUUCAGGUGUUGAUAAGAAAAUAAUCCUUUGGGAUAUUCCCGAAGCUCGUCCUGCAGCGGAAUUUCCUGGACAUACAGAUACAAUCCACUCGUUGAGGUUCAGCAGAGAUGGUCAUAUUUUAGCCUCAGGUCUGUAUAUAUACGAUUACGAUUAGCAUUUCUACAGCACAAAUUUCCAUGUGGGUAUGAUCAAAUGCGGUUUAUAUCAAGUAUUCCCCUUACCAAAUUACGCACUUAGCCCAGACUAUUUUAUCUUUGACAAUAAUUGUGAUAUUACUUUCUUAACUGUGUUUAUCCUAACCCACCCUGUCAACUUUCUCUGUGGGAGGAAACCAGAGCACCCGGAGAAAACCACGACUUUCGGCAGAGCGUUGACUCACUCUUUUCACAUGAGUCCGUAGCGAGAAUCAAACCCACGAACUCAAGUGAAAGGUGUCUUCAGCUCAAGUUGGUACUUAUUACUGUUUCCUCUUCUUUCUCAUGAAGGCGGCUCUGACUGUUGUGUAAAACUAUGGAGUGCUCAAAAUGCUUGUAACAAAGAUGACGAUGAUGAUCUGAUGUUAGGGUAAGUUGAGGAUAUGGAGGGUUGCAAGGCAUCACAAAUUCCAUUCCUGCUCAGUGGACCACUCGAGAAACGUGUAGUGUUUCCAUGGUCAAGCUGGAAGCGCUCUUCGUGUAUGGAUUAAGGUGAAAUUAUGAUCAGACAACUGCGAAACAGGAAUCGAAGGCUGGUCAGAGAGGUUAUAAAGGCGCAUGCAUUAAGCAACCAACACCUUAAUUAUUUUCUGUCAUCUUUAGGAUGGAUCACUCGGGUCGCAGAAGGCAGAUGACGGAGUUAGCGUCCUUUCCAACUAAAGUUACUCCAGUACAUUGUCUACAUUUCACGUGGAGGAACCUCCUAUUAUCUGCUGGUCCAUUUGAUCGCUAAGGUAACUUAAGGUCUGCAAUCAUACUCUGUUCCAUUUGGUCGCUAAGGUGACUUAAUUUCUGCAAUCAUACUCUUUUCCAUUUGGUCGCUAAGGUGACUUAAUUUCUGCAAUCAUACUCUGUUCCAUUUGGUCGCUAAGGUGACUUAAUUUCUGCAAUCAUACUCUGUUCCAUUUGGUCGCUAAGGUGACUUAAUUUCUGCAAUCAUACUCUGUUCCAUUUGAUCGCUAAGGUAACUUAAUGUCUUCAAUCAUACUCUGUUCCAUUUGAUCGUUAAGCAAUCAUACUCUGUUCCAUUUGAUCGCUAAGGUAACCUAAUGUCUGCAAUCAUACUCUGUUCCAUUUGAUCGUUAAGCAAUCAUACUCUGUUCUAUUUGAUUGCUAAGGUAACUUAAUGUCUGCAAUCAUGUGCAUACUCUGUUCCAUUUAAGCCAUCAAAGUUUCUUAAACUAUCAUAGAUUCAUAGUUUCUGUUACCACAUGCAGUAGGGAUUUUGCAUCGGCAAACUAAAUCCUAAGUUUUGAAGGAUUUGUAAGAAAUGUUUUUCUUACAAAGCCUAUAAAACUUAAAAUUUAUUUAUGCAAAAUUCGUAUUGUGAUCACAGAAACUUUGAUAGUUUCAACCAGGCGUUAAUUUCUGCAAUUUUACGUCCGCAAUCAGAUCUGCUCUAUCUAGUGCAUUUGAUUGCUGGGAUAUAGCUUGUGUACAUUACUUUGCAUGAAGGUGAAUCUUGGAACGAUUAGAAGAUAUCAACUCUUAACUAUUGCUUCUCUCUCAAUGUACACCUAAAUAUAUGUUUCUUAUUUUAGAGUGUUUGUCAUUGUAAGUCGUGUGGUAGUGAAGAGAGCCGAUCCACUGAAUUUGAUAACUCAAGGAACAUGUGAAGGUAAAUUUACAUGAAGGUGGAAGGAAGGUAUCCGUCUAUGCAAUACACUCUCAUGUAUUGCAGUUGACGCCAGAUAAUAUAUACUGUAUACAUCAUUCUACGUCAUCGUGCAGCGAAUUGCAUGAGACAUGCGACAUAUAGUAUCAUACGAACGGUGAGGCAAGUGUCACUAAAGUCUGGUCUAUACUAUCAAAGUUUCUGUGAUUACAGUAGGAAUUUUGCAUCGGUAAAUUCUACUUUUUGAAGGAUUUGUAAGAGACGCUUGGAAGAACUGAUUCAGUGUUAAACACUAAGUCAGCUCCCUCAAACAUUUCUUACAAAUUCUUCAAAUUUUACCAAUGUAAAAUUCCUACUGUGAUCACAGAAACUUUGAUAGUGUAAAAUAACACGAAUUCGUCCCGGGGUGUCGUAUGUGAACCACGAAACCGCGAGCUGAUAUUAUGGAGACAAGUAUAUCGCACCCUCAUGCAAGACCGGUUUCAUUGAACAAAGUUCGGUUUUGAAAGUUUGACAGAAGAAAAUCCCAAUCAAACUAUCCCAAUGUCGUCCAAAUGUGCAUUGUUCGACCAACAAUGUUGCAUGAAAAUUCUGAUCAUAACUUUGCCCUAACUUGCAUGUACGUUAUUGUGGGGCAGUCUGUAGACAUUUUUAUGGAACUCCGAAAUGACUUGUAUAAAAAUAAUUCUAUGUCGAACAGCCCUAAGACAGCUGUUCUCAUCUUAUUUAAGGAUAUGACAACAAUGUAAAUUAAUACAUUAAUUCGUAAUGGAUAUACGUGGCAAUUAGCGUUUAGAAAAAUUACUGUUUUCUGUUCUCAAAUAAUAACGGCGUUGUUGACCAAACGAUGCUUGUUUUACGAUAUAUUUUCCCGUGGCACAUGUGUUUGUGUCGUUAACACGGCGCGACAGAAGAAAAAGCACGUGCUUUGGGUAAAUAUGUUUGUCAAACACUUUAGAGGUCGCUAAUGAAUAAAUGGAAACUAAUUUAUCACAAGGAUUAUGCAUGUGCAUGCGUGCAUCGUUCUAUAAAUGGACUCGUUACUUUCUUGGGGCCGGCUGUUCAAAACUAGAUUAGUGCUAACUCUGGGUUCAAAGUUAACCUGCUGUUUUAGUUUGUGUAUUUCUACAUGUCUGUUUAUCUCAAAACUUCACAGAAGAAAAUUCCUAUCGAUG